AUGGCGCCGAACACUUCACGUAUCGUUGACUUGGAGAAUAAAAUGGACGCGGUGCAGCAGAAGAUGGAUUUGCAACAUCAAGAUCUGAAAUCCUCCAUUGUCGAGCUUGCUGCGUCCACAAAGGACAACAUCCACGCGCUCAUAGCUUUUUUGACGCGGUUUCGCGAAAAGUCGCCGCUUCAUUCUUUUUCGGCCGACUCUCAAGCGAACUUCGCCGAGCCUCCGCCUUUCCGUUCUCAAUCGCGCCGGGAGACGCUUCUGGAUCAUUACCCCCGUUUGGAGUUUUCUUAUUUCUCUGGUUCAGAUCCCCACGUUUGGGUGACCAAGUCUGCUAAGUUUUUCCACCUGUAUUCAAUUCCCAAAGAUCAGAAGGUGGAGCUGGUUUCGUACUACUUGGAAGGCCGGGCUCACACGUGGUUUGAAGGCUGGUCAUUUCGUCACUUUCCAUUGAUUUGGGGGCAAUUCGUCGAGGAAUUGCUUCAUCGAUUUGGGAAUCAAGAACAACUAAACGUCGUUGCUGCUUUCAAUAAGUUGCGGCAAACGACGACUGUGUUUCACUAUCAGGAGGAGUUUGAGGAUCUCCGCUCCACGAUGUUGCGCUUGAAUCCCGAUCUCAACGAGAGUUACUUCAUCAUGAGUUUUUUGGGGGGGGCUUGA